UCCUCCUCCCCCUCCUCCUCGUCUCCUCCCUCUGUCUGCUGGGCCCAUCGGUCUCCGAAGGAAAGUUCCUGACCCUUAAAUGCUUAUUUUUCAUCAAUUAUUUCACGCACACUCAUCAUUGUCGGAAGAUUUUGGAAAUAAACGCCACACCUCCCUGCUUUGAGGAAAUACAAAUCUGUAGCUUAUCGUCAAACGAUGCCAAGCUUCUGACCUCACUGCAGCCGUUCUUACUGAAAGUUUGGGACUGAGAAGAUGCGUUCCAGUGUGGAUGUACCACCAAGCGCAGUUGGAAGAGGAGGUGCUGGCAGCAACAACAGCAACAACAACAAUAACAACAGCAGCAGUGAAAACACUGGAAACUCAGGUUCCCAGUAUGCACUCUGUGCUCUGGGCGUUGGGCUUGUUGCCCUGGGCAUUGUGAUGAUUGUUUGGAGCGUGGUACCUGCAGAAACGGCUGGAAACAGUAGCAGCAUCGAUUCAGGAGAGGAGAGUGGUAUGAGCGGAAGGAAACACAAAGCGUCCUCCGUGGCCUUUGUGUUGGUGGGCUCCGGGGUGGUCAUGCUGCUGCUGUCCUUGUGUCUGGGGAUGAGGAACAAACAGCGGGAGCAGCUCAUGCUGCAGGAGGCUCAGAACCACAGAGUGGCAGCUCGGGAGCAGGUGGAGAGAGAAAAUGCCGAGGAGCAGGCCCAGCGGUACGCCGUCCCCAGCUACGAAGAGGUCGUGGGCAGUGGCCAGUAUCCUGUCAGUCAGAGCAGCCUCCGCCCAAGCCCCUCCCAACUGCCGUCCUACGAUGACCUUGUCCAAGUUGACGGGUUACAGUAUGAAUUUGAGGGGUCAGAGGUCACACCUCCCGGAUCACAGCCCGCAACGGCUCCCCCUGCUGCUGCUUCCUCAUCAAAUCGCAGAGCUGGGAAAAAUAGCCGCAAGCUCCUCCCGAUCAAGAUCCGCAGGAUUAAAUCUGAGAAGCUGCACAUGAAGAACAUUGAUAACUCUCAGCCGGCAGCUGGAUUCAGUAUAGAACCGCUUACCCCUCCGCCGCAGUAUGAGGAUAAAGUGCCUCCGAUUUAAUAUAAAGCUGAUCGUGUUUAAAACAAUCUACUGACUUUCCUGGAAUCCUCCAUGAUUUCCUUUUGUGGAUCUGGAUCUGCGGUUUUUAAACCAAGACUUGAAGAGGGCUCUUCCUGCAGCCCAUUCUCAGUGAAACAUUUUUAUAAGACACUGUUUUGUUCUAACUUAUCACUGCGUGCCACAUCACUCUGAAGCACAGAACAGAGAAACCUUUAUAUUUUUCACUUCUCUGAAACGGACAGUGAAACACAAACUUGCUGGAACCUCCCUCAGUGUGACAGAUUCUUUCCAACUAUGGCACUAUGGACUAAAUGCACACACCAAAUGCAGUUUACUUCAUGUCAUUGUCUGAUUAUGCUCGUCUUUAGGUUCUUUGUUAGGAGGUGAGUGGGCGGUGAAAGAGAUCAUAGGACAUCGUUUAGCGGUUAUUGUGAGGAUUUGUAUGCAAACUUAAAUAGAUAUGUGCAGGUCACUCAUCUUGGGAAGUAGGUGCUGUUUGGGCAGUGUUCCACCCUGGGAGGCCUUGGAUUACUACCAGCGGUUUACCAAAUGUAUGCUUCACGGUGACAUUGUAAUAUGUGCUCAGCUGGCUUGACAUGAUGUGGUAGGCCUCACUAAAUCUGUCCCUUCUCUAAGGUUGUGUUUUUUGAUAAGCUGUUCCAAAAUCAGGUGUCAUUUGUUCUAAAACAUGCAUCAUGAAAUAGUAUUUUUACUUCUUAAAGCUGUAGUAAGGCAUUUUGACCUCUAAAAGGCACAAAGAUGCUUAAACAAACUCAACAUCAGCUCAUCCUUUUUAUUGUUUCAUUGCUAACACGUUAGUAAAUGCUGGCUAACUGUAGAACGAGAUUAGCAUGCUAUAAGAGUCUUGUUUCCAGGUAAGUGAGAAAUGAAAGUACCAGAUUUAUUUUUAACUCUGGUUUGGUUUCAAGCAACUCAAGGAAACAUAGAUGUGUCUUUAGCUUGCUAAACCCUCCUUACUUUUAACUCAUUUAUCUUGGAUCUCUUUCGCAUUUCUCAUGAGACUCAGCCAUAAGUCUGCUGAAACAAAAACCUAAACAAUGGUCUUUAGAGUCUGAGUGUGCAAACAAACAGACAUUAGGAAAUGUAAACUACCUGUCAGUUAGUGAGAUAAUGGGAGGGGACUGUGAUUAAUUUAAUGGCUGAAUUUUUUUAUUUAUAGACGGUCUAAUUUCAUGAGUCUUUAAGGAGUGCCUCUGCUAACCCCCUGCAGGAGACUGAGUUUGCCCAACAGUUGCACACCCUGAAGUGUAGUGCCUUUUGUGUUCAUAACAACACUGCUGCUUCUCCAAAAACAUUUCAAAAGGCAUUGUAUGACUGAACCUGAGCUCUGAUGUUGCUCCUCCAAUGCAGUGUUUAAAAAGAGAAGGAAGGAGGUGAGAGCAUAAUAGAACGAGCCAUUGAAUAGUUGAAGCCUUCUCCCUGUAGCCAUGGUGAACACUGUGGCACUGUGAAGGCAGUAGUGUAGUCUGCUUCUCUCCCCUGCUUGUUUGCCGCACUCUGCCAGCAGAAAGACUCUUUGACUGUGCAGCUGCAAGAUAACAACAGCAGCUAUUGCUCACUCACUCGCUCACCCCCAUUCGUCUGACCACAGUGGGGCUGAUUUCACUCAGAAGUAUGCAGAGAAUGAAGCAGAACAGAGAAAAACUGUUCAGGGAAGUGGCUUGAGAUCAAACGCCGUGCACUAUUUCAUUAUUACCUGUCAAUCUACGAUUUACCAGACAUUCAAAUGAAAGUUUAAAUGUUGAACUAAAGAUUGUUUCCUCUUUUAUUUCAUCAUAUAUAAGUCCCUUUACAUCAGUGACUUCAUCAACUACAUCUACACCAUGUGUUUGAGUAAUGUAGUUAAUGCAGAAACGCUCCUCAAUCAUUUUCAGCUGGUCAUAUUAUAUAUUUCCAGGUAGAAAAAAGCACAGUUAUCAGGCCUUUAUUCUUUAGUCAGUACUGUCGACAUAGUCAUCGUACCUCAUUUUGUACAAGACCAUUUAUUUACAUGAUUGAUUUUUAUAUAACUGUGUAGUCAACAUGUUUUACAUGGAUGAUCAUUUAGAAGUCAGUCCCUUCCUGUUUUACGAGUGUCUAGAACACAUGCUGUUCAUUUAUCAUUGCUUUUUUACUACUUAAAUCCAUAUUUCUUUUAUAUGUACUGUGAAACUGUGCUUUUCUAUGCUAAUUCUAUAUUUGUUUGUGGAAAAUAAGAGUUUUUCUUUGAAGAGUUAAACAAAUGUAUCUCAUGAAUAUUUAAUGAGAAAUAAAAGGAAGUAUUUGUUAAUUA